UAUAUACCCCUUCCUCAAAGUUAUCCACCUUCCGGACCCCCUUCCCUCUCUCUCUCUCUCUCUCUCUCUCUCUCUCGUUUCUCAGUUUUCGUUUCUCUGAUCUCCUCCCUCGCAAUCUCCAUUCCCUUCGCCCCCGAAAUUCCCAGAAAUCGUUUUCGGACCCAGAAUUCAGAAAAUUCGAUAGCUUCAAGAAAUCGAUCAACAUGCAAGUGCAACAACGCCUCUGAAAAACCAAAUUCCCAGCUGAUUGUUUGGCUUUCUGGAUUUUUCAGUAAUUUUUAGUGGGAAUGGAAGUUUUGAUAGUGGAACAAGGGCGGCUGGAGAGGUACAACAAUAAAGGUACUAGGGUACAUAAGAGAAGACGUUCCAAUUUCCAUCAUCAUGAAAAGGGAGGCGGCAAAUCAGAAGAGGAUGAAAAGCACAAGGAAUUGUCAUCACUGACAGGAACAGAGUCUAAGAAGAGACAGCUUACUCCAGAGAAUGGAAAAAGGAUUUCGAAAAAGCGACGCUCCUCAAAAGUGGUAGAGAGUUCUGAAGAUGAGUUUGAUGGGGAAAUUCUGUUUCUUGUUAAGGCACAAGCGCGCAAAAGGGGAAGAGUUGAUUGUGAAGUGAUAGGAAGAAGUUCCUUAAAGGACGAAGCAGUAAAAUAUGAAUCAAAUAAUGCAGCUUGCAAUACGUCCUCUUCUUCACCACCGACUUCGCUGGGAUCAUUGCCAAUAUAUAUGAAGCUGGAUAAUGAAGAAGUUUAUUUGAAGUGUCAUCAGUGUAUGAAAGAGGAGACGAAAACCAUUUUUUCCUGCUCCAAGUGUAAAACGAACUCCUAUUGCAUCCGCUGUAUCAAGCAAUGGUAUCCUCACAUGGAAGUAGAGGAAGUCAAGGAACUUUGCCCAUUUUGCCGCCAUAAUUGCAACUGUAAUGCAUGCCUGCACUCAGCUGGUGUGAUUAAGAUACCAGAGAGGGAUGUCGAUAAACGCAAAAAGGCUCAGCACCUGGAGCAUUUAGUUUCCAACUUGCUUCCGUUUCUGAAGAAAAUUUCUCAAGAACAAGCUCAGGAGAUAGAGAUUGAAGCUAAUCUUCGAGGACUUUCACCUUCCAAAGUUGAAGUACCACAGGCUCUCUGUUUUAAUGAUGAGCGUGUCUAUUGCAACCACUGUGCAACUUCAAUCAUUGAUCUACACCGAAGCUGCUCAAAAUGUUCGUAUGAACUUUGUCUAAGUUGUUGCCGAGAAAUUCGCCAAGGAAGCCUUUUAGACCGUGGAGAAGUGAAAUUUCAGUAUAGGAGUAGGGGUUAUGAUUAUAUGCAUGGUGGAGAACCAGUACCUGAUUGUUGUCCCUUAGAAAAUUCAGAGGACCAUAUUGAGCCUUUGAUUGAGUGGAAGGUAAAUGGUGAUGCUACUGUUAGUUGUGCUCCGAAAGAAAUGGGUGGCUGUGGUGAGUGCGUAUUGGAUCUCAAGCGCAUCCUUCCGGGCUGCUGGAUCUCAAAUUUAGAAGUAAAAGCAAAAUAUUUAUUAGAGAUUUUCCAAAAAGAGCGUUCUACUUUCAAGCAUGAUUGUGAAACAGGAAGGGAUAUGUUACGAAAAGCAGCUUCUAGAGAAGGUUCUUGUGACAACUUCUUGUUUUACCCUGAUUCAAAGGACACUAUGAAAGAAGAAGAGCUUUUGCACUUUAGAGAACAUUGGGUGAAUGGUGAACCAGUUAUUGUUAAAAAUGUGCUCGAACAGGCAAAUGGUUUGAGCUGGGAGCCAAUGGUAAUGUGGCGUGCUUUAAGUGAAAAUAGAGAUGCAGCUAGUACACAAUAUUCAGAAGUAAAGACCAUCGAUUGCCUGGCUGGUUGUGAGGUGGAAAUCAACACUUGUGAGUUUUUUAAAGGAUACACUGAAGGGAGAAUGUACAAAAACUGGUGGCCAGAGAUGCUUAAGCUUAAGGAUUGGCCGCCCUCUGAUAAGUUCGAGGAUCUUUUACCGCGUCAUUGUGAUGAAUUUAUCAGUGCCUUGCCAUUUCGAGAGUACACAGAUCCUAGAGCUGGUAUCCUUAACCUUGCUGUUAAGUUGCCACCAGGUGUCUUGAAACCAGACAUGGGUCCAAAAACAUAUAUUGCUUAUGGUUUUCUGGAAGAGCUUGGAAGAGGAGACUCCGUAACUAAGCUCCAUUGUGAUAUGUCUGAUGCGGUGAAUAUUUUGACACAUACCGCUGAAGUGAAUUUAAGUAAUGAGCAGCAGACUGCAAUUUCUGGGUUGAAAAGGUUGCAUAGGGUGCAAGAUGAAAGAGAACUUAUGGAUUGGGAGAAUUCUCACAAGGAUCAUGCUGGACAGUCUGGCGGAAGGACAGAGGACAGAGAAAUCACAGAAAGCAAUCGCCCGUCUGAAACUAAUGGAGAAUUGAAAGUUCGAAAAGAUGAACUAGAUGAGCUGUCUUGUUCUUCCUCUAAUGAAGAAACCGAGGAAACAGGUGGUGCUUUUUGGGACAUCUUCCGCAGGGAGGACGUUCCUAAGUUAGAGGCUUAUCUGAUUAAGCAUUAUAAAGAAUUUAGGCACACCUAUUCUUCACUAGUUGAAAAGGUCAUUCAUCCAAUUCAUGACCAAUCUUUUUAUUUAACGUUGGUGCACAAACAGAGGCUGAAGGAGGAAUUUGGUGUCGAACCAUGGACUUUUGUACAAAGACUCGGAGAGGCAGUAUUUAUUCCAGCCGGAUGCCCACACCAAGUCAGGAAUCUCAAGUCCUGCACGAAAGUAGCAGUAGACUUCGUAUCUCCUGAAAAUGUCCAUGAGUGCCUCCGUUUAACUGAGGAGUUCAGACAACUUCCGAAGAACCACAGAGCCAGAGAAGACAAACUGGAGAUAAAGAAAAUGAUACUUUACGCAGUCGAUCAAGCUGUUAAAGAUUUGGAAUCCUUAGUAUCGAUUCAAGAGUUGGAAGCCUUGGUAUCAACUCGAGAUUUGAAGGCUUUGGAAUGAACUGAAGUUUGAGCAUUUUGGAGCUAACCCAACCAACCUGUCAACUGUGCAGUAGAACUUUGUUAUAAUAAUACUGAUAUUGGCUUCUGUUAAUUAUCUGCUGAGCACCAUUUUUGUAAGUAGAAACAAUUUUUUUGGAUCGGAGUUCUCUUUGCACUCCAAAUAAAUUGAAGCCAAUGAUGUUUUUGUUA